CUCUACUGCACAUUCGACAGUUUGAAACUUUGAGAACUGAAUGAUGCCACUUUGAAUAGCUCUUUUAAUUUAGAUGUUGUGUGUGCCAUGACAUCAUUUGGCUGGAAGAGAAAGCUUGGUGGGAAUGUGUCCAAGAAAUUGUCACAGAGUUUCCAGGACAACAGUAAAGGUCACCAUGACAACCUAGAGGAAGUGGACUGGCUGACCUUGGCACCAAAGAGGAAGGUCAUUUGUCUAGAGGACAGCUGGGCAAAAAGUGAACGUCUUAAACAAGAAGGAAGUCUACUGGCCGAAUCAGAAAGAUACUGGGAGGCCAUUUCUAAGUGGGAAGAGGCACUAGGACUUAAUCCCAAUGAUGAAACUCUCCAUGAAAUGAGGGCUCAGAGUUAUUUGCUCCUGAAUGAGGUUUACCCAGCAGUCCAAGCUGCCGUCAAGUGUACAGAGAUCAACCCUUUGUGGUGGGUGGGUCAUCAGACACUGGGGCGUGCACAGCUGGGUCUGGGAGAUGUUGCCAUGGCUGUUAAAAGUUUUUCUCGGGCCAUUCGUUUGUUCCCUGAUGAUGAGGAACUUUGGAAGGAGGAUCUUCUGUGGGCCAAAUCACUCCUGGACCAUCAGCGAGUAACACAGGCAGAACAGUCCACAAAGGAAGACGGCUGUACUGUCACUGAAAUCUGUGAUCCACCCCAUAAAGAGAACUGUACCGUCACUGAAAUCUGUGAUCCACCUCAUAAAGAGAAAAGUACCAUCAAUGAAAUCUGUGAUCCACCCCAUAAACUGACUGCAAUCUGUGCUUCAUCUCACAACAUAACAGGAAUCAGUGAUUCAUCAGAUCAGGUGGAUGAAACCUUUGAUCAUCCCCAAAAAUCAAACAAAACAUGUGAUUCUCUCUCACACCAAAGUAAACAUAUAUCAGAUGCAUGGGUUCAGGAAAAUAACAAGAGCAACUUGGGGAGCUCUGAACAAGUGAAAGAAACUAAAAGAAUACCUCAAAACUAUGUCAGAAUGAGACAGCAUCUGUCCCAUUAAAUAUGAAAAUGA